AUGCAGCGCGGUGCACUCUUUGCCUCCGCCGCCACCCUGCGUGAACUCGGCCUGAAAUGGCCGGGCAGCGAUACAGCCUCAAGCCAGGCCGGCCAGAUCGCACUGGCAAGCCUUGCGGGCCUGCAGGUGAACUACGACGAGCCGCGCCAGCGCAUCACCCUGACCGCGCCUAUCGCGCUGCUGGACAGGCCACUGCUGAAAAUUGAUGCCUCGCUGGCAGACCGGCCGCGCGUGGACCCUUCUGCGCGUGUGCCCGGCGUCCUGCUCAAUUACGACCUGUACGCGCAGCAGUCGGCGGGGCAGGGCGCAUUGAACGGCGUGAGCGAAGCGCGGGUUUUUGGCAUCGGCCCCGGCAUCUUCAGCAACACCAUGGCCACGCGUGUUGGUGUGGGCGCUGGCAACACACAGGGCCGCAACGUGCGGCUCGACACCUCGUGGCAGCGCGAUUUUCCCGAUGAGCUGACCACCCUUACGGUGGGCGACACCAUCACCGGCGCGCUCGGCUGGUCGCGUGCGCUGCGCAUAGGCGGCGUGCGGCUGGCCAGCAAUUUUGGCUUGCAGCCCUACCGCGUCACCGCGCCGCUGGCCGCCUUCCAGGGCAGUGCGGUACUGCCGUCAACCGUGGAUCUGUUUAUCAACGGCAUGAAGCAGUCCACCCAGCAGGUGCAGCCCGGGCAGUUUCAGUUGAACAGUGCGCCUUCGCUCAAUGGCAGGGGCCAGGCGCAGAUGGUGAUCACCGACAUCAAUGGCCAGAGCAGGUUGGUGAGUUUUGAUAUUUACGGCUCGCCGCAGUUGCUGGCAGCGGGCCUGUCGGACUGGUCUCUCGACGCCGGCGUGAUACGCCAGGACUACGCGCUCAAAUCGUUUUCAUACGGCAAUGAGCCCGUUCUCAGCGCCAGUGCCCGCCACGGCUACACCGACCGCCUCACGCUCGAAGGCCAUGCGGAGGCGACGCGCGGUCUGCAGCUUGCCGGUGGCGGAGUGGCCUGGCUGCUGGCCGGGCAGGGCGGAGUGGUCACUGCGUCGCUGUCAGGCAGCCAUUACGCGGGUGGGGCGGGCGGGGCAAGCAGCUCAGGCGCUCAGGCCAGCCUCGGCUACCAGUGGAUUGCGCGUUACUUCAACGCCUCCGUCAAUUCGCUCAGGGCUGAUGCGCGUUACCGCGACAUCGCCAGCCUGAACGGCGCGCCCGUCACCCGGCUCAGCGACUCGGCCUAUGUGGGCUUUGACACCAGCCUGGGCCAGUUUGGUUUUGCGCUGCUGCGCCAGCAAUACACCGGCUCACCGGUCACGCGUUUUGCCAGCCUGAGCUGGUCGAAGCAGCUUGAGCGCUACGGCUCGCUCACGGUCAAUUUGAAUCGCAGCUUUGGUGAGCCGGGCGGGCCGCAGCUCUAUGUCGGCUGGUCUGUUCUGCUGGAUAGAGACACCUCGGUGUCGGCCAGCGCACGCAGGACGCGCGACGCGAGCGGCCUCACACUUGAUGCGGCGCGCUCUGCUCCAUCGGACGAAGACGGCUGGGGCUGGCGCGUGCAGGCCAAUGCUGACUAUGGCAACGCCGGCAAUGCGGCCAAUGGCCUCAGCAGCGGCCAGGGCCAGUUGAGCCGCACCACGUCUUACGGCCAGUUCUCUGGCGGUGUCAGCCAUUUCCGCGGUGGGCAGGGCGCGCCAUCGAGCACCUCGCUGUUCGGCAACGCCAGCGGCAGCGUGGUCAUGAUGCAGGGCAAGGUGCAGCCCACGCGCCGUGUCGAUGAUGGUUUUGCCGUGGUAUCGACCAACGGCAUGGCCGGCAUACCGGUGCGGCUUGAGAACCGCCUGGUCGGCGAAACCGACGAGGACGGCCUGCUGUUUGUCAGCCGCCUCAACGCUUACCAGCACAACCGCAUCAGCAUAGACACGCUCAAGCUGCCGCCCGACAUGCAUAUCAACCGCACCAGCCUUGACGCCGUACCAGCUGGUCGCAGCGGCGUGGCUGCAAAGUUUGAAAUGCGCCGCAUCCUGGCCGUGCAGCUGAUCCUGAAAAAUGCCGCGGGCGAGCCGCUGUCGCUGGGCAGCGUCGUCACCAUCAGUGCAUCCGGCAAGCCGCCCGCAGCCGGUGCUGGUGCCAAUUCUGCUACCACCGUGGUGGGCUACGAUGGCCUUGUCUAUCUUGAAGACCCAGCGCGCGGCGCGGUGCUUGAUGUAGAGACGGCCACUGGCACCUGCCGCACGACUCUUGCCCUGCCCGACCAGCCCAGUGGCCUGGUGGACCUGGGCGUUCUGACCUGCCAGUAA